AAGAAACCAAUACCCCUCUAACCUCCCCAAACCAAGUCCAGAAACCAAGCCAAAAUGGCCGACAAACUCCGCACCCUCCAGAACCUCGAGGCGAUGCAGGCCCGAUACAUCGGCACGGGCCACGCCGACACGACCAAGUACGAGUGGCUCUCCAACAUCGUGCGCGACAGCUACGCCUCGUACAUCGGCCACCCGCCGAUGCUGUCGUACAUGGCCGUGGGGAUGGGCGAGUCCAAGGAGAAGGUGCGGGCGACGAUGAUCGAGAAGAUGGUGCGCGGGGCGGGGAAUCCGCCGGAGACACAGGAAUGAUGAGGAUGGGUUGGGUUGAGUGUUCCAGUCAGUUUGGAUGUUAGAAGGGGUGCUGAUCGGGGGUUGACUGGUUCAAUGUCUAGGAGAGGAUUCAGGAGGGACGAUACUGGAUGACGUGCCCUAAAAUCUGUGGUCUGGUUAUCCAGAGAUAUCUGGCUGUAUGUCUUAGGGGCAAGACAGGACAAGACAAGAAAGGACAUCAGGUCAUCGAUGAGAGGCAAGGAGUUUAUGGAUACGGCGUUUCAGGGGGUUAUGCCUUUUCUGCUCGUGUUUGAGUUUCAGUGCAGCGAGAUUUUUCCAUUACUCAAUAAGGCUUAUAAUAGUUAUCAUAUCACACUCAAACAGAUCCC